AUGUAUGUGUAUAAAUAUUCAACUUACUCGUUCUACAUUUUAUUAUAUGAAUAUAAAGUACCUUGUGCAUGUAGAUUAUUAAUGGUAAAUAAAUCGGUAACUCUACUUGCAAAAAAUGUCAUUGAAAGUAUUCCCAGUUAUAUAAAAAAAAAAGAUGAAAACAUUUUAAUAAAUCUGCGUGUUAAGCCUAAUGCUAAGAAUACAUCUAUAUAUUUUAACUCGGACAAAGAAGUGCUUAACAUAAGCAUACAAGAACAGCCAGUUAAUAAUCAAUCCAAUGUAGCUAUAAUAAGUUAUUUUUCAGAUAUUUUAAAUCUGAAGAAAAGAGAUAUUUCCAUUGUAUCUGGGUUAAAAUCAAGGGAUAAGGUUUUAAUGGUAUCAAAUAUUUCUUUAGACGAUUUAAAUAACAAAAUUACUGAAAAUGUGGAAUGA